AUGGUGGUAUUUGACUGCUCGCCUGCUUCUUGUGAUCUUGAUGGCAGCUUUUCGAGAGAAAAUCCUUGCGGCUUGCCAGCUAAACCCGCUGCAGCGGCAGCUACGAAAGCUCCUGCUCCGACUGCGGAUGAUUGGCAUGAGGUGCAGGACCCUAGCGGAAAGUCCUACUGGUGGAAUAAGCGCACCAAUGAGACAACAGCAGUGGGUGCCGCAAAGCCCGGGCCAGAUCCAUGGCAGGAGGUGAAAGAUCCCUCCGGACAGACCUACUGGUGGAACAAAGAAACAAACCAGACAACCGCCAUUGGUGCGCCAAAGCCCAGUGCCGUGGCUCCACAGCCGGAGGCAGGAGUGCCAGCUGCUGGCGGACUUGGUGGUGGCUUGCGAGGGGCGCUGAUGGACGGUUUGGCUUGGGGCGUUGGCACCUCUGUGGCGAGCCGGAUGAUGGACGGCAUCCUCGGCCCUCGGCAGAUGGAGGUUGUUCAUAGGAAUGAGGAUGGAGGCGCCGCAGCAGGUGGCGAGGCCACGAGCUUGGCCCUCUCAGCUCUGCUUGAGCUAAAUCUUGGCCAGGAACAUGUAGUUCUAUGA